AUGUUGGAUGAAGAAAAUGUUUUAGUCAAAACAUUCAGAAUGGUCAAAGAGAAAAUUAAUCAAGAAAACCCCUCGAAUGUGAGUUUAAGGUUGCUUGGCAAGAGAAGUAGGGAUGGCAGAACUUAUAGCCUUUCUGAGAUUGUUGUUCUUGUGGUUGGUGAUUUUGAUAAAGCCUUGAGUGAUCGGGAUAUUAUUGUUGAAAAAAGAUCUGGUCGAUUGCAGCGUAUUAAUGAACUACAUCCUUCUUAUCUUGCACUGCAAUAUCCUUUGCUUUUCGCUUACGGCGAGGAUCAAUAUAGUGAAAAGAUUGGUUUUUCAGGGAGUGGCACUUCUUCAGGCAAUAGAAAGAGAGUUAGCCCAAAAGAAUUUUUUGCAUACCGAUUGCAUGAUAGGGUGAAUGAGUGUUCUGUCCUUUUGUAUUCAAGGCGGUUAUUCCAACAAUUUGUUGUUGAUGCUUAUACUAUGGUUGAGACUGGUCGUCUACUAUUUGUGAGAACCCAACAGAAAAAAUUGCGUGCUGAAAUGUAUAGUGGUCUUGCGGAGCCUGUACUGCGAGGUGAUACAGAUGGUUCUAUGCAUGGUAAACGAAUCAUUUUGCCUUCCAGUUUUGUUGGUGGUGCAAGAUAUAUGAUCCAGAAUUACCAAGAUGCCUUGGCCAUUUGUAGAUGGAUUGGUUAUCCAUCUUUGUUUAUUACCUUUACGUGUAAUCCAAAGUGGCCAGAGAUUGUUAGAUUUCUUUCUGUUAGGGGACUAAAAUCAGAUGAUCGUCCUGAUAUUGUGUGUAGGAUUUUUAAAGUUAAGUGGGAUAGUUUUGUAAGAGAUCUUAAAACCAAAAAAAAUAUUUGGAGCUGUGAAAGCAGCAAUGAGGAUAAACAACCUCGACCUCAACGUAUUGAUGAGAUUAUUUCUGCUGAGAUUCCUGAUCCAGUAACUGAUCCUUGCUAUUAUGAGAAUGUUAAAGAACGUAGAGACGGUGGUCUUGUUAUUAUGAAGGAUGGGGUGCCCUUGGAUAAUAGAUACAUUGUUCCACACAAUCGUGCACUUCUUAUGAAAUAUGGUGGUCAUGUUAAUGUGGAGUGGUGCAAUCAAUCUCGAUCCUUUAAAUACAUUUCGUCAUGUGAAGCUGCUUGGAGAAUUUUGGGGUUUGAGAUUCAGUAUAAGGAUCCGUCCGUUGAAAGAUUAAGUUUUCACCUUCCGAAUGAGCAAAGUAGCAAGUUUUUGGGUUGGAUGGAUGCAAAUAAGAUUUAUUCUGAAGGUCGUGGUCUCACUUAUGGUGAAUUUCCUACCAAAUUUGUGUGGAAAACAGAUCAUUGGCAACCUAGAAAGCAACGCUUCUCCAUUGGGAGGUUGUUUUAUGUCGCUCCCGAUUCUGGUGAUAUCUAUUACCUGAGAUGUUUGUUGAAUAUUGUUAAAGGAGCUACGUCAUAUGAAGACAUCAAACGUGUGAACGGUGUUCAGUAUGAUACAUUUCGAGAUGCUUGUUUUGCUCUAGGGUUGUUGGAUGAUGAUAAGGAAUAUGUUGAUGGCAUUACUGAGGCAUCAUUUUGGUCUUCUGUGCAUUCCAUAAGAUUGUUAUUUCGAAAAUUAAGAAGUAUUCCAGGGUUGUUGUUGAGUGACGAGGAUGUCCAAAAUUUUGCUUUGGCGGAGAUUGAGAAAUUAUUGUUAAAUGUUGGGAAAAGUUUGCGUGAUUUUCAAGCUUUGGGAAGAGAACAUUUGGACUUUCUUUCCAAGUUUACCGAUGAACAACUUCAUGUUCAUGAUACUAUUAUGUCAUCCGUUUACUCAAAUGGUGGAGGAAUGUUUUUUGUCUAUGGUUAUGGAGGUACUGGUAAAACUUUCAUUUGGAGGUCUUUGUCAGCUGGGAUUCGUUCGAGGGGUGAAAUUGUUUUAAAUGUGGCAUCCAGUGGCAUAGCUUCUUUGUUGUUGCCUGGAGGUAGAACAACCCAUUCUCGCUUUAAGAUUCCUAUCAAUGUUGAUGAAGAUUCGAUGUGCAAUAUAAAACCUGGGAGUGCGCUUGCUGAACUUAUUGUUAAAGCUAAGCUUAUCAUUUGGGAUGAAGCUCCGACGAUUCAUAAACAUUGCAUUGAAGCCGUGGAUAGGACUUUUAGAGAUAUCAUGCGUGUAUCUGAUGAGUGUAGUGUGCAGAAACCAUUUGGUGGAAAAACCAUUGUUUUUUGUGGUGACUUUAGGCAAAUCUUGCCUGUUGUGCCAAAGGUAUUGUACGGUUCUGAGGCUUACAAAAAAUAUGAGACUGCUGAAGGAAUUUUGAAGGAAUUUUCUUCGUGGGUUUCUUCUAUAGGAGAUGGCGUUCUUGGUGGUCCGAAUGACGGUGAAGUGACUAUUGGUUUUCCUUCUGACAUUGUAUUGUCUAAUUCUGGUGAUCCUUUGAAAACAAUUGUUUCGAAGAUAUAUCCAUCUUAUAUGAAUCAUGAAGAGUUGAGUGGUUGCUUGCGUGAUCGUGCUAUACUUGCUCCUACGUUGGAGAUUGUUGAUGAGGUUAACCAAUUCAUGAUGUCGUUGGACCAGUCUGAAGGUCGUCUUUAUUUGAGCUCUGAUAAUAUUGCCAACUCAGAUUCGACAUCGGAUGGUUUAGCUGAUAUACAUUCUGUUGAGUUUUUGAACAACUAG